CCUCCCCCUCCCCCUCCCCUCGCUCUCCCGGUGUAGGGCGGGCGGGCGCUGCGGCGACCGCGGCUGCUGCUUCCUCGGGCCAUUUUGCUGAGGAGAGACGGGGAGGAGGAGCCGCCGAGGAGACCCGAGCCGAGGAGCGGCGAGCCGGAGGAGGCGGCGGCGGCGCGGGCACGGGCUUUCCUCGAUCGCGGGGAUCUCCAGGGGCGAAGGGAUCGCCGGGGAGCGGGACCGGAGAGCCGCGCCUGCCGCGCGGCGCGCCCCUUCCCGCCCCCUGCACCAUGAGCUGGGGCACCGAGCUCUGGGAUCAAUUUGACAACUUAGAAAAACACACACAGUGGGGAAUUGAUAUUCUUGAGAAAUACAUCAAAUUCGUAAAGGAAAGGACAGAGAUUGAACUCAGCUAUGCAAAGCAACUCAGGAAUCUUUCGAAGAAAUACCAACCUAAAAAGAACUCAAAGGAGGAAGAAGAAUACAGGUACACGGCGUGUAAGGCUUUCCUUUCCACCCUGAACGAGAUGAAUGACUACGCGGGGCAGCACGAAAUUAUCUCCGAGAACAUGACCUCUCAGAUCACGGUGGAGUUAGCACGCUAUGUCCAGGAACUGAAGCAGGAGAGGAAAUCGCACUUUCAUGAAGGACGGAAGGCACAGCAGCAUAUAGAGACUUGCUGGAAGCAACUAGAAUCAAGCAAAAGGCGAUUUGAGCGGGACUGCAAAGAGGCCGACCGAGCCCAGCAGUACUUUGAGAAAAUGGAUGCUGACAUAAACGUUACAAAAGCAGAUGUCGAAAAGGCACGACAACAAGCUCAACUCCGUCACCAGAUGGCAGAGGACAGCAAAGCAGAUUACUCAUCAAUUCUUCAGAAAUUCAACCAUGAGCAGCAUGAAUAUUACCACACUCACAUUCCCAACAUCUUUCAGAAAAUACAAGAGAUGGAGGAGAGGAGGAUAGGGAGAAUUGGAGAAUCAGUCAAGACGUAUGCUGAACUGGACCGGCAGGUGAUUCCAAUCAUUGGGAAAUGCUUGGAUGGAAUAGUAAAGGCAGCCGAGUCAAUUGACCCGAAAAAUGAUUCACAGCUGGUAAUAGAAGCUUAUAAGUCUGGGUUCGAGCCUCCCGGAGACAUUGAAUUUGAGGAUUUCACUCAGCCGAUGAAGCGUACCGUGUCCGACAACAGCCUUUCGAAUUCCAGAGGAGACGGCAAAUCAGAGCUCAAAUUUGGGGGCAAAUCCAAAGGAAAGUUAUGGCCGUUCAUCAAAAAAAACAAGCUUGUGUCCCUUUUGACAUCCCCCCAUCAGCCUCCCCCUCCCCCUCCUGCCUCUGCCUCACCCUCUGCUGUUCCCAACGGCCCCCAGUCUCCCAAGCAGCAAAAGGAACCCCUCUCCCAUCGCUUCAACGAGUUCAUGACCUCCAAACCCAAAAUCCACUGCUUCAGGAGUCUAAAGCGUGGGCUUUCUCUCAAGCUGGGGGCGACACCGGAAGAUUUUAGCACUCCCCCCGAACAGAGAAGGAAAAAGCUGCAACAGAAAGUCGACGAAUUAAAUAAAGACAUUCAAAAGGAGAUGGAUCAAAGAGAUGCCAUCACAAAAAUGAAGGACGUCUACCUAAAGAAUCCACAGAUGGGAGACCCCGCCAGUCUGGAUCACAAAUUAGCAGAAGUCGGCCAAAACAUAGAAAAACUGAGACUAGAGGCCCAGAAAUUUGAGGCCUGGCUGGCCGAGGUGGAGGGCCGGCUCCCGGCACGCAGCGAUCAGGCCCGCCGGCAGAGUGGGAUGUACGACCUGCAGAACCCACCUGCGGUCAACAACUGCGCGCAAGACCGGGAGAGCCCGGAUGGCAGUUACACGGAGGAGCAGAGCCAGGAGGGUGAGGUGAAGGUGCUGACCACGGAUUUCGAUGACGAGUUUGACGACGAGGAGCCCCUUCCUGCCAUAGGGACCUGUAAAGCCCUCUACACGUUCGAAGGUCAGAACGAAGGAACCAUCUCGGUGGUGGAGGGGGAAACACUGUACGUGAUCGAGGAGGACAAAGGCGACGGGUGGACCCGCAUCCGCAGAAACGAGGAUGAAGAGGGCUACGUCCCCACGUCAUACGUCGAAGUCUAUUUGGACAAAAAUGCCAAAGAUUCCUAAAGGUGGUUCCGGGAGCCAGAGCCUCGGGUGAGCCCUCCCAGGAGAAACCCUUCGGUCCGCUUGCCUCCACAGGCCUGGGCACCCGGGGAACAGACCGCCUGGGGCUGGGCUGGCACAGUGUGGCCCUCGGAACCUCCGCCUGAAGUGACGUCCCCACGCCGUGCAGCGCUUGCCUUUUUCGCUCUUUGUUUCUUUCUUUCUUUUUUUUUUUGACAGCAUGUUCCUCGUGGCCCAGCUCCUCCCCUGGCCCAGGGCGGCCACCUCUGCAGGUGGCAGGUCUGUCCCUGUCCUGGUCCCCCAGCCCUCACGCGUGGUCCCUCCUUCCCCAGGGGCCGUGCCUCGGCCCUCAGUCCACCGGGCGCAUCCCGGCCCGUCCAGGGUUCACACUGUGCCUUUUGCAAAAACUUUGCCACUGGUCUCCUGGGGAGACCAACAGAAUCUGACAAGGAGGGCCGGGCCUGCGCCAGGGUGACUGGGCGCCCCGGUCCCCGAUGUGCUCCCGUUAGAAAAUACUCGUCUCUUCCCAAGGCCUGUGAGGAGCCAGGGGUCCCUUUCUGACUGUGGGUCCUCACCUCUUACUAAACGUUGGCCCUUGCAGCGUUUCCCGGCCUGAGAGUGUCCGUGGAGCGCACACACACACACACACACACAUGCACACACACAUGCUGUUUGGGCUCUGUCUGGAAGAGUCCACCCCGGAAGUCAAAUUCCAGCUUUUGUAAAAAGACCAAAAACAUAUACGUAAAAUUCCAGCUCUUGGGCCAGCGCCGCAGUCUUGCCCGUGUCCACCUUCCAUGGGGUCAAGGAAGGUGCCAGCCCACUUCGCCCCGAGGUCCCCCUGUUCGCGGGAAGGGCAGCUCGUGACCGAGCGUCUCAGCUCUGCAUUAGCUCAUUGCCAAGGGCAAACGCCCCCCCUUUCCACCAUCUCCAACUCCCGAGUCGUAGCGUUCUAGUGCUUUCCUCACCAAAGACCCCCUGCUUCUCGUGGUCCCAUCAAGUGAUCGUGUGGUUGGAGCGUCUGCAUUUUACCACGUGCUCUCCGGGCCACGCGGAAUUCAUCGAGUUUGGUUUUGAGCUAAAUUUCCUUCCUCUUACGGAUCUUUGAGGAAACGUGAGGUCAUGGAGCCCGUGGCCACUCAUGCCUUAGAGUCGCUUCUCUCCUUUCCUGGUGCAGAAACAGUCAAGGGAGAUCCUUGGCUGUGAGUUUCUGGAACACGAUGCCGUCAGAAGCCCAGCGAUGCACCUGGGCGUCUUUCUCCUUUUGUUCGGCUUUCGGUAACCACGCGGUCACCUGGGGGACGCCCAGGGCUCCCCAAUACUUGCGACUCUAAGACCAGGUCUUAGAGGAGCCCAAGGGACAGGGACAGAAAGGACAGGUCCUGAGGGUUGGGCCUUCGUUCAGGGGUAGGAAAAGGGUUCCUUUCAGCAAACCCCAGGGUUGACCACACUCCAGCCUCCGGGAGCGGCUCAGUUAACCCUGGUUGGCAAGAGACCACCAGCCAGCGAACGCCAGGAACAAACAGGGGAAGAGGAAGUGGCUUCCGAUUCGAGCAAGCGAGCCUGAAUUCUCUUUCACUCUUUCUUCCCCAGCCGUGGGCAUCUGGGCACUGCUCCAUCAGCACCUCCGGGGGUGGGGUGGGGGGGGCCCAUCCUCGCAUGCUCCUCGGUUGAGAGAAGACCAUCUUGGCUGAUGACAGUGAAGCCAGGAGGCCAAAAGGCGAGUAGAGUCAGGGCCUCACCUGUGUCCCUGCAAACCAGCAGGGGCGCGGUCCCUACGGGCCGUCCCAGUGGCCCCACCAAAGGCUCCUCUGUCAGUGGGGUGGCCAGAUGUCUCCAGGAACUUCUGAAUUUCACCAAGUCAAGCUGCCCACUCUCCACUCCACAAGGAUGCUAAAUGUUUUUUUUUUUUUUUUAAAUCUGAUUUUAGAACCUCGGUAAUGCAUGUGCAUUGCGUCUUUCCUAUUAGGGGCCAGGAUAGAUUAAUGUUUUCCAACAUAGAGGAAAAGAUAUAAGCGCAGUAAUUUGUUCUUUUUGGUGUCCAUUAAACCCAAUAUAGAGUAUGCUGGUAUCCUCUUGUGUUCCCUGUGCCUUUUUUUUUUUUUUUUUCUCUCCUGUACCACUUGCGUCCAAAAAGGAAUGGAUAACAAGUGCUUUUCAAUGUUAACUUUGGUAUUUACUUCUCCACCGUCUGUGUGGCAAUGGGGAGAGGGCAGGCCUGUAUCAGCUGAGCUUAUUAGAGGAAAUAAGUUAUUAUAGGAUAGUUGAGAUAUUACCAUUUUCUCUGGGAAUCCUACUGUGAAAUCAUCUAUAUAUUAUUACGGAGCAGUUCACUUAGAGUAGAACCUGGAAUUUCUCACGUGCUUCUCAGCCCUCCCUCGUCUCCGCUGCCCGUCAUUUCUCCUCCGAUGCUAGAACAUUGUUGUAAGAAUGACUCAUUUUUUUGAAGAAGCUGCCCUUAAAAUAACUUAAAAAAAAAAAGAGAGAGAGAGGAACUUGUCAUUUACCCAAUUUUUCCUUUGCAGGAUGGAAAGCAAGAAAAAGGCAUGGGAAGUUGUAAUGGGAUUUUUUUCCUUUGGGUUUUUAUCAGAUCAUCUUGAAGCUUUCAGGUUGUUAGACAGAGGAGCCUGUCUCCCAGCGGUAGCGCGGAGGCCUCUAAGGCCGUUUGGUCACAUCUGUAAUUACUGAGGAAAAGUUAACCGAACAUGAAAAAGUUAUGCUGAUGUUAAGUAUUUUCCCAGAGAAGUCGAUUUCACGCUUCCUAAUGGCUCUGCCUCCUGUGCUUCUGUCAUCAGAAAACCUCUUGAAGAAGUGAUCCAAAUUUCUGUUUUAACCUGAUCUUGGGCAACCGCUAAACUUCAGGGUUUAUUUGUGUGUAUGGCACGAAUUCUACACUUUGGAGGCAUUUCGGUGUUGUGAUGGCCCAUUGCCGUUGUAAAGGUUCUGGAAUGGCCCCUGUGUCUCUGGAGAUGGAAUUAAACCAAAUAAAGUGCUUCCAUUGGAAGGCUUCUAUUGACCUUGUAACUAUCUGUUAAUCCUCUAAAUGUUAAAUAAAAGUAUAACUUCUGGCACGGUUA